UCCCCCACAGUGGGCCCCGUCAGCCCGAGGAUUCCUUCGUCGCUCAGCUUCGCGUCGGCCCGGCCCGGCCCGGCCCGGCCAGCGGGCAGAUGCCCCGAGCUGCCGCUGCCGACGCCGCCGAGUCGGCCGGUGGCGGUGUGGGAGGCGGGCGUCCGGCCCCGGGCCGCUGAGUGUGACGGACGGGGCCGGGGGCCGCCGGGCGCCGCGGCGUCUGCGGCUCCGCGCGGACCAUGUAUUUCCUGAGCGGCUGGCCCAAGAGGCUGCUGUGCCCUCUGGGCACCCCGGCCGAGGCGCCCUUCCACGUUCAGUCCGACCCCCAGAGGACUUUCUUCGCCGUGCUGGCUCCGGUCCGCCUCAGCAUCUGGUACAGCCGCCCUAGUGUGUUAAUUGUAACCUACAAGGAACCUGAAAAAUCAUCAUCUCAGUUUGGAUCCUACAAACAAGCUGAAUGGAGGCCAGAUAGUACCAUGAUAGCUGUGUCAACUGCAUAUGGCUACAUCUUGUUUUUUCAUAUUACAUCUACAAGAGGGGACAAGUACCUCUAUGAACCAGUGUAUCCCAAAGGAAGUCCACAGAUGAAGGGGACGCCCCAUUUUAAGGAAGAACAGUGUGCUCCAGCAUUAAAUUUAGAAAUGAGGAAAAUACUGGAUUUGCAAGCACCCAUCAUGAGUUUGCAAUCUGUGCUGGAAGAUCUCCUCGUUGCUACUUCUGAUGGACUGCUUCAUCUUAUUCACUGGGAAGGAAUGACAAACGGAAGGAAGGCUAUUAAUCUUUGCACAGUACCUUUUUCAGUAGAUCUGCAGUCAUCUAGAGCAGGUUCAUUCCUGGGUUUUGCAGAUGUGCACAUCAGAGACAUGGAAUACUGUGCCACACUUGAUGGGUUUGCUGUUGUGUUUAACGAUGGUAAAAUUGGAUUUAUUACACCAGUGUCAAGUAGAUUUACUGCAGAGCAGCUUCAUGGAGUUUGGCCACAAGAUGUUGUUGAUGGAACUUGUGUAGCAGUAAAUAACAAGUAUCGACUCAUGGCAUUUGGUUGUGCAAGUGGUUCUGUACAGGUUUAUACAAUAGAUAACACCACCGGAGCUAUGCUGCUGUCCCAUAAACUAGAGCUAACAGCAAAACAGUAUCCUGAUAUUUGGAACAAAACAGGAGCUGUUAAAUUAGUCAAAUGGUCCCCUGACAAUAGUGUUGUAAUAGUGACCUGGGAGAACGGAGGCCUUUCUUUGUGGAGUGUGUUUGGAGCCCAGCUGAUUUGUACACUUGGAGGAGAUUUUGCCUAUAGGUCUGAUGGUACCAAAAAAGAUCCCCUUAAGAUCAACUCUAUGAGCUGGGGUGCAGAAGGCUAUCACCUCUGGGUGGUCAGCGGCUUUGGUGCUCACAACACCGGAAUUGAAUCUGAUUCCAAGAGUAUAGUUAAACAGCCUGGCAUUCUGCUGUUUCAGUUUAUCAAGAGUGUACUCACUGUAAACCCCUGUAUGAGUAACCAGGAGCAAGUGCUGCUUCAGGGGGAGGAUCGAUUGUACUUGAACUGCGGCGAGGCCUCGCAAACGCAGAGUGCCAGGAGUUCCUCAGCACGCUCUGAGCGCAAGGCUGGUGGGGGCAGGAGCCCCUUUGCAGACAGCAGUUUGGAGUCUCAGGGUUUAAGCACUUUGCUUGGACAUCGGCAUUGGCAUGUGGUACAGAUUUCCAACACCUAUCUAGAGAGCAAUUGGCCUAUACGGUUUUCAGCUAUUGAUAAACUUGGACAGAAUAUUGCUGUGGUUGGCAAGUUUGGUUUUGCACAUUACUCUUUACUCACCAAAAAAUGGAAACUUUUUGGAAACAUUACCCAGGAGCAAAAUAUGAUUGUGACAGGUGGCUUAGCCUGGUGGAAUGAUUUUAUUGUCCUGGCAUGUUAUAACAUAAGUGACCGUCAAGAAGAGCUCAGAGUCUACCUGCGCACAUCAAACCUGGACAACGCCUUCGCCCACGUCACCAGAGCACAAGCGGAAACACUGCUGCUUAGUGUCUUCCGGGACGUGGUGGUAGUGUUCAGAGCAGACUGUUCCAUCUGCCUGUACAGCAUUGAAAGGAAGUCUGAUGGUCCGAGUACUACUGCCGGCGUUCAAGUUCUUCAAGAAGUGUCCAUGUCACGCUACAUUCCUCACCCUUUCCUGGUAGUUUCAGUCACUCUCACUUCCGUGAGCACAGAGAAUGGAAUCACCCUGAAGAUGCCACAGCAGGCUCGUGAUGCAGAGAGCAUCAUGCUGAAUCUCGCAGGACAGCUCAUCAUGAUGCAGAGGGACAGAUCCGGCCCUCAGAUCCGGGAGAAGGACAGUAACCCCAACCAGAGGAAACUCCUGCCAUUCUGCCCUCCUGUCGUCCUCGCCCAGUCUGUUGAGAAUGUCUGGACUACGUGUCGCGCAAAUAAACAGAAGCGUCACCUCCUGGAGGCCCUCUGGCUGAGCUGCGGAGGCGCAGGGAUGAAAGUGUGGCUCCCGCUCUUCCCCAGGGAUCACCGCAAGCCCCAUUCCUUCUUGUCCCAGCGGAUCAUGCUGCCUUUUCACAUCAAUAUCUACCCACUGGCUGUUCUGUUUGAAGACGCGUUAGUCCUCGGUGCUGUCAAUGACACUUUGCUCUAUGAUUCCUUGUACACUCGGAGCAGCGCUAGGGAGCAGCUGGAGGUGCUCUUCCCGUACUGUGUUGUGGAGAGAACCUCUCAGAUCUACCUCCACCACAUUCUGCGGCAGCUGCUGGUCAGGAACCUUGGGGAGCAGGCCUUGCUCUUAGCCCAGUCGUGCGCCGCUUUACCUUACUUCCCUCAUGUGCUGGAGCUCAUGCUCCACGAAGUGCUGGAAGAAGAAGCUACCUCACGGGAGCCCAUCCCCGACCCUCUGCUUCCCACUGUGGCCAAGUUCAUCACCGAAUUCCCCCUCUUCCUGCAGACAGUCGUUCAUUGUGCCAGGAAGACUGAAUACGCCCUGUGGAAUUACCUUUUCGCAGCUGUUGGAAACCCCAAGGACUUGUUUGAGGAAUGCCUGAUGGCUCAGGAUUUGGACACAGCUGCCUCUUACCUUAUUAUCUUACAGAAUAUGGAAGUCCCAGCGGUAAGUAGGCAGCAUGCCACCCUUCUGUUCAACACAGCCCUGGAACAAGGCAAAUGGGACCUAUGUCGACACAUGAUGCGAUUUCUUAAAGCCAUUGGCUCUGGAGACUCUGAGACCCCUCCAUCCACACCUACUGCUCAGGAACCCAGUUCAAGUGGCGGAUUUGAGUUCUUCAGAAAUCGAAGCAUCAGUUUAUCCCAGUCCGCUGAAAAUGUUCCUGCUAGUAAAUUCAGCUUACAGAAAACACUGAGUAUGCCGUCUGGUCCUUCUGGAAAAAGGUGGAGCAAGGACAGUGACUGCGCCGAGAACAUGUAUAUUGACAUGAUGCUCUGGAGACACGCUCGGCGUCUCUUGGAAGAAGUUCGGCUGAAGGACCUCGGCUGCUUUGCAGCCCAGCUGGGCUUCGAACUCAUUAGUUGGCUGUGCAAGGAGCGCACUCGGGCCGCACGGGUGGACAACUUCGUGCUGGCCCUGAAGAGACUUCACAGAGACUUCCUGUGGCCGCUUCCCAUCAUCCCAGCCUCUUCUCUCAGCUCCCCUUUCAAGAACGGAAAAUACCGAACAGUAGGAGAGCAGCUGUUAAAGUCCCAAUCGGCGGACCCUUUUUUAAGCCUUGAGAUGGACACGGGUAUCUCUCAUGUACAACGAAGUCAGAGCUGGCUUGGCAACAUCGGCCCCACCCCUCAUGAGAUGGACCCAGCCUCGUCCCAUGGACCACAGAUGCAAGACGCCUUCUUGUCACCUUUAUCUAAUAAAGGUGACGAAUGCAGUAUUGGUUCAGCCACAGACUUGACUGAAAGUAGCUCCGUGGUGGACGGAGACUGGACAAUGGUGGAUGAAAACUUCUCCACACUCAGUCUGACCCAGUCAGAGCUGGAGCACAUCUCCAUGGAGCUGGCGAGUAAGGGGCCUCACAAAUCCCAGGUCCAGCUUCGGUACUUGCUGCACAUCUUCAUGGAGGCAGGAUGUCUGGACUGGUGCGUUGUCAUAGGCCUGAUUCUUAGAGAGUCCUCAAUAAUCAACCAGAUCGUGGUUCUCAUCCAGUCUUCAGAGGUGGACGGAGAGAUGUUGCAGAACAUAAAGACGGGGCUGCACGCCGUAGACCGAUGGGCCUCUACAGACUGUCCUGGAUAUAAGCCAUUUUUAAACAUCAUUAAGCCGCAAGUGCAGAAGCUCAGCGAGCUCACGGAGGAGCAGGUCCAGCCCGAAGCCUUCCAGCCCGUCACCGUGGGCAAGACCCCCGAACACGCUGGUCCCCGUGCAGAGGAGAGCCGGGGCUCCUUGGGCCACGGAAGUGUCCCCCAGGGCGAGGUCGGAGGUGGCAGUCUGGUCAGCCGGAAGGAGGAGGACGCGACCCGAGCGGAGGAGGAGGAAUCUUUUCAGGACGGGACUUACGACUGUUCUGUGUCCUAACAACGGUG